UCCACGAGGAGCAUUUUCUUUAACAGUUUCACUUUCGUUUAGUGUGAGAAAUUGGAAAUCCGAUCACGGUUUGGUUUGUUAUCCAAUUUUUAAUUUUGGUUCAAUACACGGAAAAGCUAAAUUCUUUAGUUUUUUUGUUCCAAACGAAGAAACACGCCUGUAGACACACGGACCUAGAUUAACGACAGUCCGUAUUUCAACGAGGAACUGCGGAACAAUGAGUCUUUUGUCGUUAUUGCAAAUAACAUAGAGAUCAGUGAAGUUGGGUUUUUCUGAAAACAAACCUCUGAAGUUAUGGCUUGCACGUCACAGUCAGCCUUGGAAUAUGUUGAGAAUGCCAGACUUCACCUUGUUGGAGAAUUAAAGAGUCUCUCAGUGAUUCUUGAGAACUUGUGUCAGCAAAAAGUUCUCAUUGAUGAAGAGGUCAGCAAGAUAAAGGCAGAGAAAGAUGACUAUGACAGAACCAGAGCAUUACUGGACUCAGUCAUUAGAAAAGGUGAAGAAGCCUGCUACAGGUUUCUAAGGAUUAUUGACCAGACGAGGAGGAGAACCUUAGAGAGACCAACUCCUCUUUUCAAGAACAGUCAUGAAGCUUCAACUGAGGCUACAAAGUUUGACCUGGACCACUGGAUCAGCUGCUUUCCUUUCAAAGAAGAUGCAGAAAUGCAGCAAAACUACAUACGAGGUCCAAGGCCAUGCUGCAAUUAUCAGAAGAAGUUAAAAUCAAAAGCAAAAAAAUUAUUAGAGAACUUCUGGAGGACAAGUAAAGAUCUUUUUGGAGAAGACAAGAAGCCUGAUCUGUUUUACAGUGCACUUGUAUUUGAUAUCCAAGGAAAGAUUUCUCCAUCCAAAAUAAAGAAAUUUAAAAACUAUAAAAGCAAGAAGUCCCGUCCUAAAAAGUUAAGGACUUAUAUUCCAGAGAAUAAAGCAGAAAUCUCCCCCAGUGACCUGCUGAAAACAGAUAAAAACAUCCUCCUGGUUGGGAAACCUGAAAUUGGAAAGACAGCGCUGAGUCAUGAAAUAUUGAGACUGUGGUCAGAAAGAGACAGUAAGGAGCUGGAUUACAUGUUUUUCUUUGAUAUGAGGGAAUUAACCGACAUCCCACCAAUCACGAGUUUGGAGGAUCUUCUUUUCACUGCAUGCAGUGAACCAGAUGAGGGCAAAGAUGAAGUCUUACAUGACAUAAAGAGCAACUCUGAUAACGUUACAGUCAUUUUGGAUGGAGUCACUGAUUUCUCUACAUCGGUUGUGGAGAAACUUAUAGACAAAGAUCUCUUACCUGAUGCUAAAAUCAUCAUUACCUGCAGACCAGAAGAUGAGGAAUACCUUUGUCCUGAAGACUGGCUCAGAGUGGAGGUGAAAGGCUUCAGUGAGGAAACAAUAAAAACAUAUUUGUCUUCAACUCUGGGUGAAGAUCACAGGAAGGUCCUGAGUAACGUGGAGCUGUUGACUCUUUGUCAUGUUCCAAUGUAUGCACUGUUGGUGGCUGCCAGCUUUUCAUCAGAAGACUCUCUGCAGCCCAGAACUGUGACUGAAAUAUACAUCAAUAUUGUUCGAUUUGGUCUUCAGAUGAACAGCAACAAAACCAGGAUCAGGAACCUCAAUCAGUUCAUCAAAACCAAGAGAAACGGAAUCCUGUCUCUGGCCGAAGCUGCUUUUAAUGCAACCGAAAGAAAAACUGUGAACCUGGGAGAACUUUCCUGUGAAGACAGCUGCGUCCUUUCCUUCCUGAAAACACUUGAUGUAAAAGUUCCUCCUACUGAAACCAAAACUCUCUAUGCUUUCCUCCAUUACACCAUGCAGGAGUUUUUUGCAGCUCUGUGGCUUUUGGAGAAUCCUGAUAAUAUCAGGGAGGUUUUCCAGCAGUGCCUCACUGAGGAGAAGAAACACAUGAAGCAUCUGAUCCCGUUCAUGUGCCGUUUGUUGAAUGAGAAGAGUCCACGUUUGAUGAGCUGUUUGAUUCCAGCUGAGGAGAUCAAGGAAACAUCUGGAUGGUUCUUCAAAGAGAUAAUUGACACAUUUUUCUCCAAAGAUGAAGACACUGAACUUGAUGUUGAUAUACUGUUCUUAUGCCAAUGUUUAUACGAGUCACAGAGCUCCGAAAACUGUAUUACCUUUCUGGACAAACUGGACUUCCAUCUUGACCUCAGUGGAGAGAAUCUGGACCCUUAUUCCUGCUGUGCUGUGGCCUAUGUGGUCACUCAGUCAAAGGAAAGGAAAAUAAGUCUGAACCUUCAGGAUGUGACGAUGUCUCAGCAAGGAAUGAGACAUCUGUUUGGAUGUAUUGAAAAUGUUCAAUGGUUUGAUGGUCGAAGCUGCGAUCCUGAUGAACAAACCAGGUUCUUAGUGAAUCUGUUCUGUGCAGCAGCAGAGAGAGAACAGCAGACAGGAGAGAAGAUGGUGGAGAUGUUAGCAUCAGUCUGCAGAUAUAAAACAUUCCCUUUAUAUCAUAGUGAUAAACCUCAGAGUGACUUCCUGCUGGAUCUGUACUCCCAGAUGAAGGACAGAGAGAAUAAAUCAGGUCCGAGUCUCCUUCCAUCAUUACAGUCAGUUUUCCAGUCAGCUCCUGAAGUCUGGACCAUCAAGCUGUCAGAGAGAAAGACCUCCAUCCUGCUGGAAGUGAUGAAACUCCAACCAGAGAAGAAACCAGUGGAGCUGACAGACUGCUCACAUGGAGAGAGUGAAGUGAGGAGUUUCCUGCAGUGUCUGCCUUUUAUCUCACACCUCUGGUUUGAUGGUCGAAGCUGCGAUCCUGAUGAACAAACCAGGUUCUUAGUGAAUCUGUUCUGUGAAGCAGCAGAGAGAGAACAGCAGACAGGAGAGAAGAUGGUGGAGAUGUUAGCAUCAGUCUGCAGAUAUAAAACAUUCCAUUUAUAUUAUAAUAAUAAAUCUCAGAGUGACUUCCUGCUGGAUCUGUACUCCCAGAUGAAGGACAGAGAGACUAAAUCAGGUCUGAGUCUCCUUCCAUCUUUACAGUCAGUUUUCCAGUCAGCUCCUAAACUCUGGACCAUCAAGCUGUCAAAGAGAAAGACCUCAGACCUUAUGGAAGUGAUGAAACUCCAACCAGAGAAGAAACCAGUGAUGCUGACAGACUGCUCACAUGGAGAGAGUGAAGUGAGGAGUUUCCUGCAGUGUCUGCCUUUUAUCUCACAGCUCAGUUCUCCUCCAGGGUUUUUCCAGAGUGUUUGUUCAUCUCUAUCAGUGAGAUCCAGAGAGGAGAUCCAGCAGCUGGUUUCUCUCCUGCAGCUUCUGAACUUCAACCUUUUUCUAACAGGAGAGUUGAAUGAUAAAACCUGCAGCUCUGUGGGGAAAGUUCUCCCCCUGGUUGGAUCUAAAGUGGAUCUGAUCCUCACAGACAGCCGGAUGUCCGUCAGAGGAGCUGCUGUCCUGUUUAGAUCUACAACACAGCUCCACAGUCUGAGACUCUCCAACAGUCUGGUCUUGUUCUUCUCUCAGUGGGUGAGAAGAGGCAGAGUGGCUUUUCCUCUGGUCCUAGAAGAGCUUACAGUGGUUUCCACCAAAGCUCAGCCACAGAGAGUCUUGCUGAAGGUCGGCAGCAGUUUGGCGUCUCUGCUGAGGUUCUGGACAGUGGGACGGUUGGACCUGACCGAGUCCGGACUCCCUGUUCAGAGUCUCUUCAGUCUGUUGCUUCACGACGGUCCUCUCACACUCAGACUGAGUGAAGAGAGACUCCAGCAGCUUCUGGUUCUCCUCCACGAGGUCCAGGACCAGGACAGGACAUUGUCCCUCUUGAAUAAGGUCGGUGGAGACCUGAGCUCCUGCCAGUUGAGCUGGGAGCUUCUUCACUUCCUGCUGCAGCAGCCGACAGCUCAGACCAUCACCGUGAACCUGAAGAAGAACCGAUUCUCGGAGGAGAGAGCUGCUGAGCUGCUGCCCUUCCUGCACAGGAUGGUGAUUCAAAGGCCCAGUCCCAGCUUUGUUAGGACUUCCAUCAGGGAGAUCUUCAGGACUCAUCCCAGUCACAUGAUAUCCUGGUUGCUGAGGUCACUGGAUCUUGUGAUCAACCUGAACUGCACAGAGCUGGACUCAAAGGACUGCGACGCUCUGCUGUUCAUCCUCAGACACAGCGACGGAGUGAAACUGAAGCUGCUGUGGAGCUCCAUCCCAGCAGAGGGAAUCCAGUCCAUCCUCUCUAUGCUGCACACAGUUUCUGAUCUCAGUGUGGACAGGAAUCUCCUGCUGAGGUUCAUCCACUGCUGCGCCGCCUCCGACAGCCAGCAGGGGGCAGCAUCGGGCCUGCUGAGGACUCUACGGCACAGGUUGGAUCUGUCCUGCUCCUCCUGCGUGGAGCUACCAGAGGAGGAUCAGACGGAGCCUCUGAGGUUGACGGCCGCCGACUGCGGGGCCGUCUCCACCGUCCUGAGACACAGCAGCAGGGACACCCAGCUGGACCUGAGAGACUGCGAGGUGGAGGACAGCGGGCUGGACCUGCUGUUUCCUGUCCUGGACGGACAUAUUUCUAUAUUUCAAGAUGCCUGGUGGUGUUGAGACCCUCGAGGUUUUCCAGUCACACUUCUGGUAGAGGAACAUGGCCAGGGAUGUCAAGGAAUUAGUGUCAGACUGCCCAGUCUGUUCCCAGCUUUCCAUCCUGCUCAAGGUUUCUCUGCCUACUUCCUGUUCCCCACUGGAAUUCAUCACAGGUUUACCCACUUCCAACACCAUGUACCACCAUACUCACCAUUAUUCACUGCUUUUCUAAUAUCACUCAUCUGAUUCCGCUAGUGAAGCUUGGGCACAUGUAAGAGUGUGACGUCUCCUUCUCUGUACAUGUUAGGAGCUCUCCAUUAUAUGUAGUCUUUUGAUUUUCAGGUACACUGGAAGUAGUUUCAUCCAGGAUGUGCUUGGCCUCAGUCUCUCCUGGUUAUAAAAGCAGUCAUUCUUCAUGUGUCCGGGAUGGUGGAGGUCACUGCUCUAUCCAGUGUCACUUUCUUGCUUGUUCUUACCCAAUUAGCCUUUAUGCCCUGGUCUUCAUUUCUUUUCUUUACUGGACUCUCUGCUCACUCUAUGUCUAUGCGCUGCAGCUAUGCCAUUGGUCAUGGGGGCUGCCUGCUUAUGUCCUUGAGUCUUAUUUCAUGGAUUGAAGUGGAUCAUAGGAGCACCUCCCCACGUUAGCUCCUUUGCUCUAUGAGUUUUUGCCCCUCAGCCUUCUCUCAGCACAGUCUCUGUACUGUUUAUUGCCCCUUAGCUAAUCAAUGUGGCAGCUGAUCAUCAUGCCAGGUCAUCAUGUUUUACAAACACUAACAGAGUUAUUUGGAAUCAAUCUCCUUUCCUCUGACGUUUCCUCUUUCCCUGCAGUUUUGCAGCUGAGGGUUCAGUGUGGUCUCUCUUUUUAAACAAAUCAGAAAUUAAUUCUAACUGCUGUGAUGUUGGUGAAAAUCUUUCUCUCACCAGUCAUUUGUUAUAGUGAGCUUGGAAUUGAGUGGAAUUGAGGAGGACUCUCAUUGCUAGGCUAGUGCAACGUCAACCCAGCCACAACCAUCACCAGCUCCAUUGUCACCUAACCAAGAUAUCAGUGACCUCAUCUCAAGAAAGGAUCCUAUCCACCUCCUUCCCCCAGCACAUGCAAAUAACAGUAUUUACAUCACCCCUGAAACCACUCAUCUUUGAAAAUUGCUUGGACAAUAGCAGCAAACCCAGCCUGGCCCUCUAUAAAACAAUACAUAUGACCAUGGCUUUCAGGUACCUGCACUUCUCUCAUCCCACCCCUCCAAGCCAAGUAUUACCUGCAGGCCAUUCACAUUCCUGUAAGGUUCACUCUGCCUGAGCAGCAGAGGAAGGUCCCUCACAAUGAACCUGUUGGUGUUCAAGCAUGCUCCCGCCAAAACAGCUCUGCUCCAUCACAAACACUUCAGGUUGGUAGCCUUUCUACCAAAGUGAAACUACACCCUAGAGAGACUACCCACCUAAAUAAUCACACAAAAACUUUCCCCCUACAAUCUGUUCAACUCUUCCCUCGUUAGCUGCAGACGUGAGGUUUGUUACCCUGAGUGGAAGCAGAAAAUAACCCAGUAACUAACCCUCACCUGGUUUCACAGACAUCCCUGUAUUCAUACUGUCCUUCAACAAAUAGUUAUUUCUCCUAAAAAACUUGAAGUCUUUAAUAAUAGCUUAAAGCUUUAAAUGUACAAAACAAGAACCUUAUUACAAAUAAUUGUUAAUUCCAAGUCUCUGCUCUCCCUAAGAUCCAUUUCCAGCCUGGACCAGAUGGGUCCCCGCCCUGAAUGAGAUCUGCUCCAGGAUUCCAGGAUCAACACCAAAUCCAAUUCCAGUACUAACCUCUAACAUAACAAAUGUGGCGAAGGUGGAACCCUGCAAAUUAGCAAGGAAUGAUAAAUCAUUUAUUAUUGUUCUAGAAGUUUCUUCAGGAGUCGUGGAGAUUUGACUCGCAACUUUCCUUGAAGUUCUGCCUGUCAAGGCAUCUGGUCUAAUUUAAGUGGUUAAGUUGUUUCUUUUGUGAGUAAUUUAUCUUCAGGUCUUAUGCACCAAUUAAUAAACCACUGAUAAACAAAACAGUUGUGCCAAAUCACUACUGUACAACUAGAGGACAAUGCCCAAUCUGUUGUUAAGGAGCUAAAUGUUAGAAAAGAAGUUGGAACAGUUAAAUAGAGACGACCAAUGGCUUUAAUGUCUGUCAGUCUGGUUCUGGUGCUCAUCACAUUACUGAGACUUUGCUUUUCAAAGUGUUGUAUGUCAUCCAUCUAAAUACAGACAGUGGAACAACUGCAGUGUUGGUUUUCAAUGGAUCUCAGUGCAUCAUUUCACAUGAUGUCAAUAUGACAUAUUAUUGAAGCGACUGCAGAGUUUGUGUCAGGUUUAAACACCUAUUGAGAGAUUAAACAAACACAAGAAAGACAAGAGAGUUAGAUUCUUUUGUCCUCGCGAGGAGAACAGCCAGAGAUGUUUUCAGUCACACAUCUCUUCGUUCUGAAAACAUACAUGUCCGUUCUCCCUUUUUAUUGCUGUUGGGAUCCCUGUUACAGAGAGCGUCUCAAAGGGGCGGGGAAAACACUUCAGUCACAUGAUUGCAACGUAAAUGCUAGUCACUAACAAAACACACGGUAUCUACACACUAGAUUAUUCUGUUCCAGACACAGGAUAACACAGAGCCAGUUGUACGUCUUCACGGCAACAGUUUUAUAUCCAGCAGGUCAAGGAUGCAGAGGUUUCUGCUGAACGAUAACCUGUUGAAAACAGUUUCUCUGCUCUUCCUCAGAGGCCUUCUGAGAAAGGAAUCAAAUCUGAGUCACAAUCAGAUCACCGAUCUCUCCACUGAUUGGUUACUGCACCUCUUCUUCAUCAACCCGUCCAUUGAUUGUGUGAGACUGAACAACAACAACAACAUCAUCAACAAAACUCCUUUUAAGGGCAACAAGAAGUUUGAGAUCUGGUGAAGCAGCUGUGAGUCAGCUGGUCAUGUGACCAACAGGAUCCUAAUUGCUCUGGUUUAAUCCAAAACUCUCUGUUCACUGGUACAGUGUGACCUGUAAAUGGAGACCUUAGUCCUGAAUGUGGCUUUCACUGGGUUCUCUCCUGGCCUGAUGACCUUUGACCCAUGUUUUCCUCCCUUCUCAUAAUAAACUUUCCUUUUCAGCAACUGCUAAAUAAAGGCCCCAGGAGGGAAAAAAUACUGGACACUGCCUGGUAACACUGGUUAGUGUUCAGCAGUGGGAAGCAUCUUAGAUAAGAUAAAAUUGAUUAUGUCAUUGUCAUCAACAGAUUACAAACUAUGUUUGUUUAUUUGCAUUCAUGUUUUGGGGUUUGAUGUAUUGAUUCUAGAUUUAUGAUCACUUUCCUUUUCAUGUCAUUAGUAAUGGAAUCACUAAGGAAUGUUUUAUGAAAGUAAAUCAGAGAUGAAGCAGAAAUAGGUUCUGAUGAGUGUUUAUGUAUCUCUGUUGAUUUAUUAGAUUGUGUUUCUCCACUUUCCUUGCUGUUCCUCUUUUUCUUCUCAUCUGUUUCUAAUGACUCAUCUGUUGCUUGUUCAAUAAUCAAAUAAUCCAAUAUAUCUAGAAAUCAUUCUCAGUCACUCCUUGCUGCUUUUUCUAGUUAAAUUAUGUUACUGUUCACUAUGUUGCUGUUUGUCCCACUGGAUUCCUGGUUGUUGUUGUUGUUGUUGUUGUGCUGUCAUUGGCAGUUUAUUGAUUUGGUUUUUAUCAUUUAUUCCUCAUUAAACUUGAAGAACUAC